AAAGAUAAAGGGGAAAUGGAGAGGCUAAGAAGGGCUCACCUCCUUGGGCCCUUGUGGUCAACAGCCAGCCUUUGGGGGAACCCCUGGAAUGCAGGAAAAUGUCUUCCUGACCAGAAACAGUCCCCUUCCCACUCUGGAGUUCCAGGAACAGUCAGAUGGCACUCUCUAUGGACUGGUCCAAGCACCCCAAAGCCCAGCAGCUGGGCAGAUGCCCCUCUCCAGGCAAAAAGGACUAAUAGCAGCAUUGUCUCUCUUCCCCCAGCGCAGAAUGGAGGCCAUUGCCAAGUUUGAUUUCAACGCCUCUGGAGAGGAUGAACUAAGUUUUCACACCGGGGAUGUCCUAAAGAUUCUCAGUAGCCAAGAUGAAUGGUUCAAAGCUGAGCUGGGGAGCCAAGAGGGGUAUGUGCCCAAGAACUUCAUAGACAUUCAGUUCCCCAGCUGGUUUCAUGAGGACAUCUCCCGGCAUGACGCAGAGAGCUUGCUCAUGGGCAAGGACGUCGGCUCCUUCAUCAUCCGAGCCAGCCAGAGCUCACCUGGGGACUUCUCCAUUUCUGUCAGGCACGAAGACGAUGUCCAACACUUCAAAGUCAUGAGAGAUGCCAAGGGCCACUACUUCCUGUGGACAGAGAAGUUUCAGUCUCUGAACCAGCUGGUGAAUUUCUAUCGGACUUCCUCCAUCUCAAAGCAGAAGCAAAUCUACCUGAGGGAUGGUGGCCGAGAAGAGCAGGACCGGUGGGGUGGGAGCCUAGAACGACGGCUCCAGGAAGGGCUUCACAUCAGCGGAGGUGUUGGAGAAGAGACUCGUCCUUCGACAAAUAGGAAACAAUCUGAUCACCCUCCUGCCCUGCAAUCUCACUAUCAGGCGCAGCAGCCAUCACCACACCAGCAGCAACCAAUGCCACUGCCAUCACUGCAGCAACAUCAGCAGCAGCAGCAGCAGCUGACCACAGCGGUGCCUCAGCAGUACCAACAGCAGCAGCAGCAGCAGCAGCAGCAACAGCGGUACCAGCAGCAUCACCAACUCCAGCCGGACCGUCGAGGUGGCAGCUUUGAUGUCAAUGAGGGGCGACGGAUAAACCCCGAGAUGAAUGCUGCCCUCAUGCAUCGGAGACACACGGACCCUGAGCAGCUACAGAUGGUUGGGAGAAUACGCUGGGCCAGAGCAUUGUAUGACUUUGAGGCCGAGGAAGAAGAUGAGCUGGGCUUCUGCACCGGUGAAGUGGUGGAAGUCCUCGACAGCUCCAACCCAUCCUGGUGGACAGGCAGACUGCACAGCAGAUUGGGCCUUUUUCCAGCCAACUACGUGACCCCCCUUCUCCGAUGAAGCCUGUUGAACCCAAGCCCCUGGGCCAGGCCCAGAGUGGCAGACCUCUUCUGGCAGGGAAGGGGGAAGGGGUAUGGGAUUCUCUUGCAAAGGCAUAACAUGCAUAUUUGCAUGCACACACUGUUUUAUUACUGUAAUUUAUUGGUGAGCUGGUUGAUAAAUUAGUUAACAUAAAAGGCACCCAGGUGGGGGUUAUUUUUAUUCCAUUUUCCCCUCUUCUUCAGCUAGGGAGCAGAGGGUGGAGGAGAACAGUCAAAUUCUAAAAGUCUCCUUAAAAUCUCUCUGCCUUCUCUUCCACCCUGGUCUUGGGCUCUCCCUAAAAACAGGGAAGCAGCGCCCUUCUCCCCAAAGUGGGGUGGAGAACAACAGGGGUGGAAUGGUAUUUGGCCAGGGCAGGUUUUGACUUGUCACCCACUCCCUGCCCCACCACAACUCCACCAGCUGAACCUGCAAACCCCAGCUCCACUUUGGGGUUCCUGGCAGGUGCCAGCUUUCUCCUCUCCGGUGAGAUGGAUUCUGGGUUGUGGCCAUGUAGGACAGUGACAAGGAUAGAGAAGCAAAGAGCAGGGGCAGAGGGAGGCUGGGAAUCAGAAUAGACUUUGGACAGUCUGGCUAGUUCUUAGAAUCAUGUUUUUAAAAUGCAUACAUACAAUAAAAUUCAGAGGAUUACAAAGAAAA